UUAUGGCCUUUCUAAUAUAUUGUCCUGGAAGUUUGUGUCGAUAUCACAACAAUAAGAACCGAAAACUCCCUUUUUGUGGAUAUUUUAGGUCCAACCAAAUUCAUCCUAAACAUACUUUUUGUAGAAAUAAUCGUAGUUGCAACUUUCCUAGAGCUUUCCUUUCCAUGUCGUUGUUGUCCAAGGAAGACAUCUCUUCUUCGUCCGACCAAAAGUUGGAAUCUUCUUCGGACCAGAACUGUGAAAUUCCUGUAAAAAUUUUGGAGGAAGUGCAAGAUAGUAGUUUCCUACGGAAGUCUAUCAUGAUUCUAUCCUCCAUAGGCGUAAUCGACACAGUUUAUUUGACAGUGGGCAAGUUAUUUCUAACUCCUGAAAUAAUGUGUCACACGCAGGGUUGUAUAGAAGUUUUCAAAAGUCCACUAGCAAGUAUUUUUGGAGUUCCCCUCUCAUUCCUUGGUUUUAUGGCCUAUUCUGCUGUCUUUCUGCUAUCGGCGUGUCCCUUGUUGUGUCGCCGCAAGUCCUCGACUUUCAAGAACCAACUACAUACAUUUUCGAAGAAAGCUUUAUCGUUGCUUACAUUAGCUAUGACCAUCGUGAGUGCUUUUCUGAUGUAUAUUCUUUUUUUCCAGAUACAAUCCUUUUGUCCAUAUUGUGUUCUUUCUGCGUUUUUAUCUGGUUCACUUUUUAUUACUAGCUCCUUCCUUCAUUUUUCGAGCGUUGGUUGGAAAAAGUGGAUACGGCAUUCUUUCGUUGUCUUGUUAAUACUAGCAAGUAUAACCGGAGGUGCACUUGUUGCUUUUGGAACAGCUUCUAUGACCUUUUCUAACCAAGUUUUUGAUCCUCCUUCGAUUACUUCACAUUCAAAUGCAAGAAUGAUGAAACUCGCUGAGAGAUUAAAGUCAAAGAAAGCUCGAAUGUACGGUGCUUUUUGGUGUGAACACUGUUAUCAUCAGAAACAGAUGUUUGGUCAAGAAGCUUUUGAAAAGAUCGAAUACGUUGAAUGUUCAAAGAAUGGUCGUGAUUCACAGUACAACCUGUGUAGAGAGAAAGAUGUUCCGGGUUACCCUACUUGGGAAAUUGAUGGAGAGUUGUACCCAGGAGAACAGAGUGUAGAAGAAUUAGAAGAACUAGCAAAAGCAGGAAAUUAGGGUUCAUUUUGUGAGUGGUUUGUAGUAUGCAUAAAAAGCGUUGAUAAAGAAGAUUUUGGGUUUUUGUUCAAUAUGUUGCA